AGGAAAUAAAUAAAACCAGAGUAAAUAUAGUUAUUGCCAGGAAAGAUGGCAUUUUUUCGAAGAGCAAAACAAACAAAAGUUAGCAAAGAGUCAAAGGAAGGAGAAAAGCAACAGAGGACAGACAGCUUUGAUAUGUUUUCUGGAUUGGAGAUUGCACCAGCUGCAGAAGUAAAAUCAACAUCCAAUAAUUUGAAUGAUAUACAGGAUUUGAACUUGGAGAUGUCAACAACCAAAGCGCCAACAAAGGAAGAACAUGUUAAACUUCAUAAAGGUAAAGACGAUGAAGAAGAAGUGUUCCCAUUUCUGGUACAAGAGACUGACAAUACUGACAGCACGCUAUCUGAAACAAUUGACAAACCAACAGAACAUGAUAUAAAUCGACCUGACACAGAAGUUCAAAAAUGUCCAACGGACAGUGUGUCUGAACCAGUUAAAGAUAUAUGUGCCACUGAACCAGCUUCAAAUAAACCAACUCCAAACAAGUCAGCAAAGAAAGUGAGAAAGAAAAGAGCAAUUAGACCUGGUCAGGGAAAUACAUCAAAUGUGACAACAAACAGCAAUUUAAAGCAAGGAACUAAAAAGGCAGAAGAAGAUACUGUAAGCAUUAAAUCAGACACUUCAAGUGUUCAUUCUGUACAAGAUCACGAAGAUAACCAAUUGAGUUCGGCUAAAGGAUCCUUAAAUGAAGAAAAUGAGCAUGUACAGGAUCAGGCGUUCCUGGGAAGCUCUUCAAGGAUGCAAUGCACUGAAGAAAUUCAGGUUGAAAGCGAUACUGAAAUGUGCAGCGUCGAUGCCAGCAGUGGGCAACAGUUAGUCAGUGCAAGUGAAAUAAAAUCCUCUGUUGACCUCCCAAUGAUAUCUACAUGUGAAAAUAAGGGUUCAGAUGAUAACCUUUGUUUAAACAACCAAUUAACUGAUAAUGAAAAUAAUGUAGAUAAAAAUAGCAGUAAUGAUUUCGCAUCGAGUAAACAAGAUCUUGGACUAAAAAUCGGUAACGCACACGAAAAUUUAAUUAAAGACGAUGUGGACCAAAUAUCAGAUAGGACUACUAGCAACAAAGAAACGUCCUAUGUAAUAGAAUUGGACGAUGACCAGAAGUUGAUGCUCAUGCUAGAAAGUCUACAAUCACAACAAAAAGCUUUACAAGUGGAAUUAGAUGAGUUAGAUGAAAAGCAAAAUGAACUCAUUAGCAACUGGAAAUCAGAACACCUAACCGAAAGUGAAAUGAAGCUGAGAAUAAAAGCACUCAGUGAGAAGCAAGCAUUGUUGGUUACCAAUGAAAAUUAUGCUGAAGCUGCAGAAAUUGAUCAGGAAAUUAUUGAUUUGCAAAAUCAGUUUGAAAAUAUCAAAUACAUACAUCCCAUCCUUAAUAAGCAGUUUAUUGAACUGUUAAAAGAGUUUCACAAUGUUCACACAACACAAGAAAAUAAGAAGAAAGAACUUUAUGAGCAAUAUAAGGAAAUUCUGGAUUCACAAAGCCACAGAAUAAAAGAAAAAGACAAAAUUAAAGAGAAACAACUGGAUGAUCACGUUUUGGUGUUAAAGGAGAAGAAACUUAAACUGGAAAGAGAUUUAAGUCAUGCUCAGUUAGAUAAAAAACAUUUGUUGAAAAACGAAAGUGUACUCAAUGAAGAGAUUGAGAAAAAGACAACGCUUUUAACCAAAGACAAGAAUGCUUUUCUGGAAAAGCGAUCAGCAGUACAGGAAGAAAUUACAGACUUAAAGCUGAAACUAGCAUUAUUAGAAAAAACUGAAGAAGAGUACACCAAUAACAUUGACAAUAUUGAUCAGCAAAUUCAAAGUAUCAUAAAUGAAUUUCAACCACGAGUUGAGAGCAUUAGGAGGGAAAAGGAAAUGACAGAGAAAAAUGAACUGCAGAUAUAUUCAGACAUGGAAGCAUUGGUUGUGAAGGAAGAAGCUGUGACAAAAGAGAAAGAGAUAUUACAUGAAGAACAAGAGAAAAACAAGAUGCUCCUGAAAGAACUACAAGCAUUUAAUGACACCGCAUCAGAUCCCAGCAAGAUGGAAUUUUUUUCCUUUGAUCAAGUAUUUAGUAACUCUAAGCUAUUGGGAAAGAUUACUGAUGAGGAGUACUCCAGUUUGAAGACACUAUUGUCAGAAAGAGAAGAAGAACUGCAACGUAUCAAAUGUCAGAUUCUGGAAAACCAAACUAAUCAAAGUAACCUGCAGCGUUCAUUAAAUGAUCUAGAAACGAAAGUAUCUGAAUUGCAAGUUUUAAAGCAAGUGGCUGUGAAAGAAAGAAAAUUUAAAGAAGCUCAGAAAUACUCCGAUGAGAUUAAAGCUCUCACUGCUGAAGGUAAAGCAAAGCAAGAAACAGUUUGUCAGCUGGACGAAGCUAUCAAACAGCAACAACCUGAAGCUGAAAAGUUGGAAGAUUUAGUAAAGGAGGUGGAGAAAAAUUUUCAAGAACAAGAAAUUAAAUAUGAUAUGCAAAUAAUAAAGAACUUAAAAGAGGCUCAAAAGGAAGCUGAAGAAACUCUCAACAGUCACCCACACAUUUGGAUUAGGCAGACUAUAGAAUUACAACUUGAUUAUUUCAAGAGCAUUGUCCAAAGUUUGGAAACAAAACAUGAUUUAAAUGAACACGAUCCGGCUGACAACCAAGGAGUGAACAAGAUGGAGUUACAACUUGAAAUUGAAGAACUAGAAGCCAAACUAAAACUAGUUGUAGAUGAAGAGGACUGGGAAACAGCAGACAAACUAAAUUAUGAAAUUGAAGCAAAACAAGAACUGAUGAAGAAAUGCUAAAUUGGCGAAGAAAAUUAUGUUGUUACAAGUACUUUUAAAUUAAAUUAUUUUUUAUAGUUACUAUUUUAAAUUUAUACAAAAUUUUGGAAUUAUCAAGCAGUUGAGAUUAUGCAAACGCGACAAAAUGCGACAAAACAUCUAAUCUACCAAAUAUACAUUUGACAUUAUAUUUUAUAUUAUAUAUGUUCCAACAUGAGGUAAAUGUUAAAGUUAAAUGCUAAAUGAAAAUGUUAAAGUUAUGAUAUUAUUAUGCCUAUGCAGCAGAUACUUUUAAUAUGUUAUGCAGGUAUUUUAGUUAGUCUUCACUGUAAAUAAGCCUAGUUAAAAUUGAAUUCAGGUAUCGAGCUAAGCACUAGUAUAAAAAUAAAUUAUAUAACACGUUGCUAUAAAUUCUGCUUUUCCAUUGGGAAGUUAAGGUAAAUUCUAAAACAGGGAAUAUUUUGGAAAAAGAUAUUACAAUGUAACCUCUGAAGAGCGCUAUUAGUAAUUCUAAAAACACUAAAACGAGGAAAAAUAAUUUUUUAAAUGCAAUAAAAACAAAGUACACUUUACUAGACUGUCAAUUAUUUAUAUUGACACUAGUACGAACAUCUUCAAACGAAAAAAAAAACAGGGCUGAAAUCUUUGUCUAUUAUCUUUUCUUUUCAAGAAAACCUAAUAUAUUUUAUUUAGAUGUUUACUGAUAACCAAUUAUAAAUGCACAAGUCUCUUUUUGUUUCUUAGGUAUAUUCUCAGAAAGAAAAUAAUUUCUGGAUCUCUUACCCCUACCAACUGUAGCAUACAAGACCAUUAAGUAACAUUUUUAUACUCGACUUGCUUGAUCAACUCAUUGUAAUGUCGUUUUAUUUUUUCUUAUUUACUUCGUAGGUUGCUAGUUAUUCAUACAUUUGACCCAAACUUCGCCCUUUCGUGAUUCGCUCCAUUUCAUUCCACACACAAAACACUCACAAUCCUCUUCCCUUUCAUCAUUUUGAACUUUCUCUGCUUUCUUCCAAGUUCCUUUUUUUGUUUCUUUUGUCUAAUCUUUUUUCUCUUUCAUUGGUUUCAAUAAUUUUAUCAAUGAAUUCAACUGGUGAGAUAACAUUGGAAUCGAGUGGUUCCACUUGUUUUAAAUAUAGAAGCAACAUUCUCAAUUGUCGCUGAUUUAACAUAUGCGAGACUUGAAGUAACUUGGAUCAUGCAAACUGAUUAUAUAAAGACCAUUUUCCUUUGCAAAAUCAACCAAAUGUUUUUUGUGUGUGCGAAUUAUAUCCAUCUAUAAUCAAAAGUACUUUAUUUUUUUGAGAGCACCUUGUAUGUUUAACAAAAUGUUUGACAUAUCUCAUAAAAAUCUCUGAUGUGAUCCAACCGUUUUUUGAGCAAUCACCUAUCGAACCAACUGAUGCAUGGUCUAGUAAUUCUAGUUUCAUGCUCUUUCUUUUAAAAAUCAUGAGAGGAGGUACAUAAUUAACAGUAGCAUGAACUCCUAAUACAAUUGUAGUUGUAACACCUUUCUCUCCACUGGUAAUUCUUGAAACACAAUGUUUCCCUCUUUCCGCUAGGACCUUUACAGGUUUUUGGACACAAGUAAGUCCAGAUUCGUCAUCAUUAUAAAUUUGGUGUGGUUGGAACCCAUGUUCUUAAAGCAAAGAUCUUAAGUUCUGAAAAUUUAGCUCAAUACUUUCAUGGUUUACACCAUCACUCUGUUAAUUGAGACACCCUGUGGUUUUUGUAAUGAUAUCGAUUUGUUUCUCUUCAAGAUAUUAUAAACAAAAUCUACACCUGCCAUUUUCAAGUUCCUUGUUGAAUGGAUGUACACUUUUGUUUUUCUCAGUAUAGUCAUACACCACUCUCCUUAGAUCAAUAAUGGUGAGACCAUAAAAACAACCUUCAAUCUUUUUUAUUUGCUCGACUAAUUGUCCUUCUUGUCCCGGAGUUAAGACCUGACGAAUAGGUGACGAAUAGGUGCUAACACUUUUUUGUGCAUACUUUCAGCAGUUAAAAGUUUGAUUUAUUUUUCACUCUUCGGUGAAGAGCAUCUUUAAGUACAGCAAAUACCUCAGCUGCUUUUCUUAUGCUCUCUCCCUCAUUAUUAACAGCAUUAAUAGCGGAUCGCAUGCUAUCUAAACUCCACUUACCGCAGUCGUUCUUCCUUUUGUAGUUACGAAACAUGGUAGUAAUCGCAUUUAUAUAUUUUAUCUGGAAGAACAUUGCAUAAAUAAUAACUUAAUAAUCAUAUGCUGCACAAAAUUGUACAGAAAAAAACAUAAAAGCACACAGAUUAGUAACUUGGUGAUCAACAAGUAGAGUCAAACUAGCAUAAAUAUUCGGUGUCUCAUCUUGCCCCGGGCUUAUUUGGACUAAAUUGGCCUAAGAUUCUUUAAAAUUCCCAAAAUACUAAAAAAAAAACCCAAAGAAUGUAAAGAUUACACACGAAUUUGCAAAGAACGAAGCAGUAUGGUGCUCAUUUUCACACAACUAGAACAAAUUAACCUCUUUAUUGACAAAAAUUUUAGCAACUACUAAAAAUUUAUCUAAAAUUUCAGGUACAGUGAGAAAAAACUGUAUGAAAAUCCACAAACAUUUUCCUUUGUGCUUGCCCUGUCAAUUUUCGCAAUGUUUACAUAUCACUUUCAAGGUACCAUCAUAAAAAAUUCGCAGCCUGCAUAUUUAGUUGCAAAAACAGACAUUUCUAGUCUAACGUCUAAGCUUUCCCCACGUUACGCUGUAGUUUUUUGCUAGAGUCAAAAACCCUGAUAUCAAAAAAUAUAACUUGACUAGUUAACCAAGAUCUUCUCACAGUUCUGUUUACUCUUACUUGAUUUGCUUUAUUUGCUCGUUGGCUAGAAAUUUUUUGAUUUUUCAUUGUUGCAGUUCAAAAUAAAUAGAGUACACACUUCUUUCAGCAAUGUUCCGUAUUUAGGUGUGCCAUUUCGCAGAAAAUGGAAAAUGUGCCAGUCUCCAUCCAUACCUAAUGUUUAUUAGAUUUCAGGAUAUUGGUUAAAAAGUGCACAUCCUUUCUUUGUAAUUGAAAGAGUUAUAAUUCAGUAAGAUACACCUGUUUCUUGAAUUUCUAUAGAUUGUUCAGCUAUUUCUGUAUUUCACUCCUUGUGCUUUAUAUCUCCUCCAGAAUAUUUUAAAAAGUUUCUAAAAUUGUGUAAAGUGCAACCAGAACAUAGCACUAGUAAUCAACCCCACUGAGGAGGGUGUGCGGGGUGGUUAUUUUAGUUGCGUCACUAAACUCUAGUCUAGUUUUAAUGUUUCUUUUUAUACUAUAAAAUAUAACUGCUCUUCUUCGUAUACUUUUUCAUUUUCUUCUGCAUUGCUUAUUAAGCUUAUAAUUCCAUCUUAUUAUUUUCAUUGCGCUGAGAAGAUAGGAGAACACUAUUGCUUUCAAUGCUACAAAAUUUACAAACCUAAUUUACAUUUACUGACAACAUUGGAAAUACCUUCGCCGUUGAAUUUCGUAUUUUCAUGUCAUAUUUCUCAGUGGUGUCACCAUUUUGUAAGUAACAAUGGCAUGUUGUGAAAAGAUUCAUUGCAUCGUAUCGCAACCCAAAUAAAGAACAAGUGCCUUUCAAGAUCGGUGAGUGUAUGUCUCCCAUCCCGCAGCGCGUUAGACGUGAAAAAUAUGGCAUUCAUAGAUUGGUUAUCCUUGUGAAUGGAUCCUGCUUCUAUGCUACACUAUGUAUCUUAGAGAUCAAUAACGACAAUUCAAAUUUCUAAUUUUGUGAAAUGCUUAACUUUAUUUAGCAUAGUAUUCCCAUUUAUAAACACACAUACUUCAUAGCAGUCCAUUCGUUCCAUGAUAUUAGGCUGGUUUGCCUAAACUGGUUAAAUUGCUGGUUUUCACCCAGUGAUACAGUAAAUUCUUAGCUAAGGUAAACAUUAUACCUUUAUAUAUCACCUGUCAACCUUUGCAUCAGUUGACUGAAAUUAACAAGUCAGCCGUUUAGAGCAGCUUGGAUUUUUUACACAGUAACAAAUUUUUUGCAUGUUUUCUUGUGUGAAGGUCUUUUAUAAUAAAACAUUGCGUUUCUAGUUUUUAUUGUUAAAAAAAUUAGCAACUGGAUCAUUUAAAUUAUUUAGAUCGAGUUUUUAAAUUUUAAAAAUAUUAGGUGUUUUACUUUUAUCAAUUUUUCACGUUGUUCAAAGAAUAGAUUGAUAAAUAAACAAAAUAAAUUUUAUUUUGUUUAUUUAUCAAUCUACUUGGUGUUGUUUGUUUCUGAUACAUUUUUUUUCUUUUUAAUAAUUUUUUUAUCUGACAGCAGCUCAAUCUCUCAACUCAAGCGUAAUUUUUCAUUUAGAUACUGCUCCAUAUUCAAUACAUACAAUUUAUCAUACUUCUUUUCAUCCCUCAUAACGUUAUUAAACAAUAUUUUUCCAGGGUACCUGAUAAAAAACAAAGGCUUUCGUUAAUUUCAAUAUCAUCACACAACCAUCUUUAGAGAAUAACUUUUAUUCACUUUAAUUAUAAUGGAGAAGUCAACCAGGACUUCUCCAUUAUCACUGGAGAAGUUCUGGUUGACGUAAAUAUUUGUACCUUACAAUUUCCUUCCUUGUGCAAAAAUUGGCUUUUCAUCUUUUAAGUUUAAAAGCUUUGUAACAAUUGGUUUGUCUUUCCGACGUUGUGCAGUUCUAUGUGGUCUUUCGAUCUGUACGCCUUGUACAGCCAUUUAUUUGCAGAAAAAGUUAUGCUCCUUUUCUUCCAUGUUCUUUCAAGUCUUUGCACUUUCUUGAAGUCCGUUAAUACGUAAAUUAUUCCUUCUAUCUGUUUCCAGAGUAACAAUUUUUUAUGUAUUUAUUUUAAAGUUUGUUUAAACUUUAAUUAUUCUUUCUAUUUCAUUUCGAUCAAAGCGAAAUUGUCAUAAAAACGCCACCUAAAUCCUAUUAAAAAUCUGCGUUUUGUUCUCGAGAAAGGGACUUUAAAUAACAACCACGGCUCCAACCACAUUGCUAAAUAACAGACACGUUGUUAUCUUUGUGGGGCUUGUUGUUGCGGUUGCGACGAAGGGUAAAUUUCGCAUUCGCAGUCUAGAUCUCGAUCACACGCGCACCAGAAAAUUUUAAAAAGUGGCUAGUCAUACAUAGGUUGGUAAAACGAAUGGAAGGUCACAGAUGACAUGGGGUAUUAAAAAAUUUGCUAAAUGAAUGAAUGAUUUAUUCACACCUCCCUUUUUGCACUAGCGUCAAGAAAAAAACAUAUUUAACGCUCAAGUUUAUCAGUGUAUGUGUGGAAGUCUCUUUACGUUCAUUCAUCAUGUAAUUAAAAAAAACCCCUAAAUUUUGAUAUAUGUUAAAGUUUAAGAAACGGAUAUCGUAUUAUUUUUUAAAAAUACAUCCUGUGCUUUACUCAAGCGUAGUUUUCCAUUUAGAUGCUGCUUCAUAUUUAAUACAUACAACAGGCUUCGAAUUAACGCUUAUAAAGUGAUUCGUGCUCUGGCCUUGUCGAGAGGGUUUGUUUGGUUUGGAUUGGAAACCCUUUCAAUCAAUGUAAAGUGUCACAUGGUCCUGCCAAGAUGAAUUUCCAAUAUAACGCCUCUUUACUCUUCAACAAAAGCCUACCCGUUUUUUUAAGUCUGACGAAGUGACAAGCCUUCUUUCUCGAUUGGAGGUAAUGGAACCCAGAUCUGUUAAGUUCCCGGAUCGUUGCAAUAUGCAGAGCUGUAAAUGUGCUAUCAGAUAGACAAAGUUUCUGUACAACGAGGUUAAUGCUGUGCACGUCACGCAUUGACAAUUUUCUAGGAGCACCUUUGUUAUACUUUCUACUGUCCAUCGGUGCAUCAUCACAUAUUGGUGCUUUUGCAUGCCGAUAUAUUGACGACUUGGUAUAUUGCGGAUACAUCUCAAUUAUCCGUUUCCCUCUCACUCCCUCUUGCUGAUAAAGUACAGCUAUUUCUGCAGAAUGUCUUGAUGAUAUUUUGGGUACUCCUCGCCCCUUUCUCAAUGUUAAAAUACCGUUACGGGGUACCCUGGGUUUCCAACAGACUAAUUUGCCCUCAAUUUAUUAUGCAAAUGAUUUUAGACGAAAAUGAAUUAGCAAUUCAUUAACCUGCUCUUCACCAAUGAGCUCAGCUCAUCUUUCGGCCAAGUAGAAGUAUCUAACAGUGGUACCUGAUUUUUAAACACAGGCGAAAGCAUUACAUCUUAAAGCGAUUUUCCGUACUAUCGCUAAUUCUGAUUUUAUUUUUAGUUCGUAAGUUUAAAAGAUCUACCUAAUCGCUAUAAGGACGUUUCUGUUUUGCUAAAUAGUACGCAGUAUUAAAUUUAAUAUCUAGCGAUACUUUAUUCUCUGAGUGCAUCUUCUUUAAUUCACGAUCAAUAGGUGUAUUCUGGACUACACUUUCAAGAUAUUGUUCGCCACCUAAAUCUGUUUUUUCACAGUCUUAAACAUGGCACUUCUGAAGAGGCAACAUGCUAAAGUUGUUUUCACUGUUCGGUACAUAUAAUUUCCAAAGGUUAGAAAGUGAGUUUGUCGACUUCAUUUACAAGGAAAAAAAAUUCUUAUGGGCUAUGCAUGGUCUAUUUGAAGAUGCAAAGGAUGCAACUUUUUAGCAAAUAUAUCCCUCGUAUUAUACCACAUUUAUAGAAGGAUUUAAAUGUGUUUUAAAAAAUGAUCUGAAUUCAUUCAAUAUUGUUUAAAGAUGUUCUCUGAUCUACUACUUAAAAAGCUUGUUUGUGGACCAUUACAUAAUUUAUCAUGUUGGUUGAUUUCAGUUACAGUUAGAUAUUCUCCACAAUCUUUUUUUACAAUUUAGUUUUAAGCACUGUAUUAUUGACAUUAUAUUUUUUAAAACUUUGUGCGAAUCAAUUUUUAUAACAAAAAAACAGGUGGCACAUAAACUCACAAGUUCUUGCUUUCCCAAUAUUUUUGGUGCCAAUCAAUUAUAACAAAAAGUAUGUUUACAUGUCUUUGUCACAGGUUUCUGUACAAUAUUGUGACAGAGCAUAUUUCGAAAUUGGUCAACACUACUAGAAAAAUUUAAAAUUGAAGUGUUGUGUGAUAUUUCUUCAAAAAUGGUUUAAUUAAUGUCCCAACUUUGAUAAAAUUAAAAGGUUUUCUUUGCACGGUCCUGAUCGUAUGAGCGAGUGACUAAAUAAAUCUGUCGGAUGGACAACUAAUUACAGCGCUAAAACGAUGGGAUGCGUCAUGAUAAGAUCGCUUUGGAAUUGUCUCUUAACUAUUGAUAUAUGUUAUAAGUUUCCAAACUAAAAAUCAAAUUUUAUUAAGAACCAUAGUUAAAAAAUUUAGCGUAUCCAGUUCAAACUUGUCCAUCCGACAGAUUUUCGUUACAUAAAAAUCAAUAUUCCAUGGAUAUAUCAUGUGUUUACAAUCUAUUAUUUUCAAAAGUAUCAAAUCUUGGAUUGCUUGAACCAAAGAGGGCUGAUCUGGAAACUCCUGAUAUGGCAUUGUUUUUUAAAUUCCAUGAAUACCAAUAGUCCAUCCGACAGAUAAAUUCUAUCAAAAUAGGGGUCUAAAAGACGUUUUACUCUUCGUUAUAUUAGAGUAAUUUUCAAAUUUUAAUCAAUGAAUCAAAGAACUAAAUGGUAAAGUCAGAAGAAAAGCGAGAAAAUAACCAGAAAAAGUAUAGUUUAAAGUUUGGAUCAAUGAUUUAGAAAAUGAGAAUGUCCAUCCGACAGAUUUUCUAUUAUUCCUACUAUACCUUACUAAAGGGCACCUGGUUGUUAUCUCAAGCUUAUGAUUCUUUUACUAAUGUUUUGCUACCGUGCUACGCCUUUUUUAUACAUUUCAACGUUUGGACGGGCUUUAGAUCAGGGGAAUCGAAUGUUUUAAAAGGAAUGUUUUUGUCAUUUGGUACUCUUUUUUAACGAACGAAUUAUCAAUCAUGGGAAGACCAAAACUAAAUAGAUCAAAGAGCGAGGCAAACAAAGAAUAUAUAAAGAAGUAUCGAGAAAAGAAUGCAAAAAAAUAUAAGGAGGAAGACAAGAACAGAAAAAGAAAUAAACUUGAAUAUAUGAAAUACGUAGAGCCCAAAAAAUAUGAAGAACAUCUAGAAAAAGACAGGAUGAGAAAGAGGGAAGCCCGAGAGAGAAAAAAACAAGAAAAUGAAAAAGCAAACAAGAAAGACCAAGCUGUUAACAGCAACGAAACUGAACCAACAGCAGACCCACAACUGACCACUGCAGAGGCUAACAUGAUAGUUAGCACUGGUGUUAAACCGUAUAUAUUGCAGAUACAUCUCAAUUACCCAUUUCCCUCUCACUCCCCCUUGCUGAUAAAGUACAGCUAUAUCUGCAGAAUGUCUUGAUGAUAUUUUGGGUUCAUUUUACAGACCUCUCCCCCUUUUCUCAAUGUUGAAAUACCGUUACGGGGUACCCUGGGUCUACAACAUUGAGAAAUAGGGGAAGGGUUUCAAAUUCAGAGUGCAGACUGAAGUAAUGCAGCAGUGUUGUUAUAUAUAGCAAAACAGAACUUCGACAUGACGACAAUUGACAUUGAGGACUUACAAAAUGUUGUAUAUUCUAACCUCAGUGGAGAUUUUCUUUUUCUUGUUGCUGCCCUUCGUCUAUUCUUAGUUUCAGAAUUAUCAAAAUACUCAGAUUUUAAUGUGAUUAAAAUUUUUUAGAAAAUAUAAUCUUUUUAAUUCAAGAGUGCAGACUGAAGCAAUGUAGGAGUUUUGUUACACAUAACAAAACAGAACAACAAUUGAAAUGAAGCACUUACAAAAUGUAGUAUACUGUAAUCGUUGUGGUGUUACUAUUACAGAUUUUUAAAAAUAUAACCUUUCAAAAUGUUGUAUACUGUAAUCUCUGCAGAAAUGUUUUUUCCUACUUGCUAAAAAAAUUUAUUUUAUAAAACGCUUCAUAAAGAACCCAUCUGUCUCCAUAAUAUUACUGUGGAAAUUGAGCAGCAUUAGAACGUUACACCUAAUUUCAUUGGUUCAACCUGGGUACUGAGGCAAAUCAAAUUAAUUGCGGGGUUAGAACAAUUCUUGUUCUUAAUAUUCAUGUAGAAAAACUAUUUAAUAAUUAACCAGUCUCUUUCUCUAGAUUGUAUACAUCAUUCCUGUACUUUAGUGCGAUGGAAUACAAUGUGUCCGAUUUUUUGGACGAUCUUACAAUGUAUCUCCACAAAAUAUCACCUCCGUUUCCCGUUUCAUAUUGACAAGUUUUCAGUAUUGACAAGCUGCCCAUUUGUUACCCGAACUUCCGUGAUUUUUCAAACACCAACCUUAAUCACACAGUAACCAAAAAUGUUCAUCCGAGAGCAACUACAGAUCCAGUAUGAAGCAUGGAUUUUUAGAUUGCUAUAAGGUUUUCAAUAAAUAAUUUUAAUUGGAGAAUUUAGGUCAGAGCAUGGCCUGUACAAACUUCAAUGCAAAAUAUCUGUCCGUAAAAAUUUAUUUCUUUAAGGUGAUCUUUUUAAAAGUGUUUUGUAUUAAUUAGUUAUUUGUAUGGGUGCAUCUUUGGGAUUGGUUUUUCUCAAUAUUCUUAAGUCUCUAACACAAUCUAAUGUUAUUGAACGCUGGUCAUCUGCAAAGAAUAAACGCAAAAACUUACACGUCAAGCUGGAAACGAUCUCCUGUGCAUCACCAUUUGAUACAUUUGGUACAACUAAUUUUUGAAAAAUUAAAAAUUAGACUCGUUCUUCUACACAAGUAAAUACAAGAUAGUGUAAAAUUCUACAUGAAAUGCUUACUUUUGCUCAAGUUUUCAGGAAGAACAUCAGUUUCUGUAAAAUCUGUAUGUACCAGAGGUUCUAGAAUUUAAGCAAAUAUAUUUUUCAUUGAAUACAUGGCUAUGCAGAAGAAGAAAUUCUUCAUGUAAUUAAUUCACCUUGCAUGAUAAUGAUAUUAUUAUUAUCAUCUGUAGCUUCAACAAUAUAAUCUUGAGAUUGUAAGUGAUCUGAAGGUCCCAUUAUGAAAUAUUUGCAAAUUAGUUAAAUUUUAUUACUAGCCCUGACAAAAAAAAAUUAUAUACUAAUAUGCAUAUUUUUAACAUAGAUCUAUACCAGCUAAGAGCAGAUCUUUACUGGAUUGAACAGCAGUUGCAUGAGCUAUCUGGGAAAAUAAGUAAAAGCAAUAUUAUUCCGUAAAAGACAUGUGGAACUAUCAUGCAAUAUAUAUUUGACCGAAAAGCUAAGUAAGCUCACCUUCUAAACCUUCCCUGAAACCAGUUAGAAUUGGAUUCCCGAACUCAGUUCUGUUAUCUCUGAUUCCAAAUCCUGGAGUUGCAAACGUGUAGUCAGUCACAUUUUGCUAUCCUUUUUUCCCCAGAACCAGCAUGGCACUAUAACCAUGUUUUUGUUGUAAUCCAAGAAGCUAGAAAUAUAGGGUGAAAUAUCUAUAGGUCAAUAAUAAUAAUUGUUUAAAUUAAAAUGUCAGAAUACGUACUGAAGACCCCGCAAAAAUGAGUCGGUCGGGCGGUCGGGCGUAUUUUUUCCCGGGAUUUUCAGAUCGGUGCAAGCAAAUUUGUUCCCAGGGCCAAGACAGUAUAGCGCCACUCGACAUCGUUUGUAGACCAUUUUUCGUCGCCCUACUGUCAGGAGCCACAGAAGAUUAAUUUACGCGAGUUUUUGUCUUUGUGAAAACUAUCUCGCGAAAUUUUUUCCCGGUCUUUUCUGACUUGCCGACUCAAGAGUUGUUUAUUUUCAUCAACAACCUUACUUAUCCAGAUGUAAAGUUCUUGCUUCUAAUAACAACACAAAUAUUAAUUGAGAAAGAACUCCUCCACAAUGCUGAAAAUUCUGUUCAAAGCUCGUAUUACAAAAACAAUUAGCUAGCUAGCUAUAGCUAAUUAAAUCUUUUUGUAUUUUUUUUUUUAAUAGUCUGCUGUAAAAAGCUCUUCCUCAACUAGCUCGUAGUGAAUAUACUAAAAACCUUUAAAUAAAUGCAAGGUGUGUUGGAGAGUAAAAAAAAUACUUCUCACCUUAAAGCAAUUCCUUUAUCUUCACACCUCGCCUCAGAUGGAAUGUAUAUAUCUGCACCUGAAUUUCGAUGAAGACUUUUACCAACCAAGGGAUAAAUAUCCCCAGACAACAAAAAUGUCCGAGAAUAAACACUUUCUAAAAGUUCUUUUUGCAUUUUACAAACAGAUUCAACAUUAUCACACUUUAAAUCAGUAAGUACCCGCGCCAACAUGUCUGCAGUAGCCAUGAUAGUACGGAAAGAAUCCAAGCAAAAAGGCGUGAGUCUUUGACUAAUCAUGACGGAUGGGAGUUAAAACUAUAGCCUAACAGGUUGUUAUAGGUAACCACGCAGUACGGAACCUAAAUUUCCUACGCCGGCUGCGGGCCACAUAUUGUUGGACUACGCAUAGUGUGAAAAUUACGUCACGAUUUUGACGUCACAUGCCCCUUAAGUGAGAUGGGAGGGUUGCGGGCCAUAGCUAUUUGAUUUUUGACUGACUGAGUGACUGAUUAGUCAAAAUGAAUCAGUCAAAAUCUGUAAGCUAUAAUUUGCAACCCUCUCAGUCUAUAUAGUAUAGGCGAAAUGGAGAGGGCUGUGAACCAUAGCUUUUCGCGGUAAAUAAAUUACAAUCUGAUUUUUUAACGCGCUCCGUCUGUAACACCUGGAUCGUCGACAUUAUUCGCUUGGCUAACAUUUUUCGUCAAAUUUACACUUAUUCACGCGACUUAUCUGACUAACCCUGGAUCCGCGCCUGAACUUCAUGGAUUUUAUUCCAUAAAAUAAUUUUUCAAAAAUGCAGGUUAACAAGGUGCACAUUUCCUCGGUUUGAGCAAAAAAAGAAUCAGCUAAAAUGUCCUAAUUUCGUGAUUUACGUAUUAAUUCUGUGAUGUGUUUUUUUUUUCCAAUGUGAUAUUCACUGGAAUUAUUUUCAAAGUCUAUAUUAAUGCUCUAAUCGGAUGUUAUACACUACAGCUGUUUGUUUGUUUGUUUGUUUGUUUGUUUGUUCGGUACACACUCUAGGCUCUACACUAAAUAAUAAAAUUAUUUCACUUUGAUUUGAAAAAU